AUGAGUUCCAACGAUUCCGUGAUCACCCCUCAGAAGGUCCUUUCGUUUACAUCCCCAACGGACGGGUUUCUCUGCCCGAUCACCGCGAACACGUACAAAAUCGAGUUCUACCGCUUUACGAUUCGCGAUAUGGAUACGAAUAAGGAGAUCUUCGACGUGGAGAGGGAUCCGGCGUGCAACGAGGAGUUCACCGCGCGUGCGGCGGAGCUUUCGCCGGAGGAGGCGGACGCCUUGCGGACGAUCCACUACCGCUUUUCCUCGGAUUUUCUUCACCUUCGAACGGUGGGCGCGAAGGUAGUCUUUAGUGUGAGCGGCGACGAGGCGGUGCCGAAUUUCCGCAUGAUCGAGCGGCAUUACUUCCGCAAUACGUUGGUUAAGUCGUUUGAUUUUUCGUUCGGGUUCUGCAUCCCGCACUCGGUGAACACGUGGGAGUCGAUCUACGACAUGCCGAAGCUCGACCCCGCCUGGCAGGAUGCGAUGAUUAAAAGCCCCUUUGAAACGGUGAGCGAUAGCUUUUACUUUGUCGGGGAUAAGCUAAUCAUGCACAACAAGGCAUACUACGCAUUUGAUGGGGAGUAUGUUUCCUAA